GUUCGACACAAUUUUAUCCCAUAUUCGAGCCCAAAAAAUUAUAAUUCUUUAGUCAAUUUUUAUGGGAAUAAUUACAUAAGACACUAUUUUUUGUAAAAUAUUUACAUUUUUACGUUUAAAGAAUAUUUUUUACAUUUUUACGAUUUUUCAAAAAGUAACAUGAAAACAACAUAAAAUCAACAAGAAAACAAUAUAAAAGUAACAUGAAAAUAACAUCAAACUAACAACAAAAAAACAACAAAAAAUAACAUAUAUAUAACAAAAAUUUAACAACAAAUGAACAAAAUUUCAACAUAAAAAGACCGUAUUUUAUGUAAAUAAAAUCAAAAAAAUCGUAAAAAUGUUUAAAAUUUCUUGAAACUGUAUUUUUGUUGUUUUUUUAUUGUUUUUGUGCAUUUGUAAAAUUAACCCAAUUUUAUGCCCGAAAGCACAUGCUGGAAUAUUUUUUUCUAUAACGGUAUUCGUUAUGGUUACAACAUAAUCCCUGUAAAUUUUUAAAAAAUUCUGAAUAGUUUAUAUUGCCGAAAAUAGAAUUCCUAAUAUUUUAGAUUACUACGUGUGUUCAAAAAAAUUCAAACAUAUUUUUAAUACUAUAAAUUAUUCAAAAAAAAAAUUAAAUUUAACAAGAAUAAUGUUGUAAACAUAAAGAAGACCGCCAUAAAAAAAAGGAGAUUUUUACACCUCAUGUCAAAAUUGACAUCUUUUUUACAUUUUUAUCAAUACACGGUUUUUUAAACUUUUUUAACUUUUACAUUUUUCAAUUUUACUUUUCAAAAAGUUUCAUAAUUACAAUUUUACCUUUUCCCUUCUUCCUUACACACGUACACGCACGCCACCUCAUAACUCCUUUCUUUUUUUUUUUUUGAAUUUUUCAUUUAUCUGAUUAUUCCCCUCUUCAAACCGAGCUUCCCACGAUCACCAUUAUCAAGCCCUAACCCAUUUCUUCUUCCCACGAUCACCUUCUCCAAGCCCUCACCCACGUUUUCCUCAACCUACAUUGUCAUCCUCCACUAUAUUUUUUCUAUAUAAAUGGCAACCACUAGAAGUGGUUCGAAAUCACCAUCUCCGGCGAAGAAACUUUCUAAAAAAUCGAAGAAGCCUCCAACUGUUACUUCCAAAGUCGAAGCUAAGAUGGGGUUAAAAAAAAUUGCUAAAAAUUUAGUGGGUGAUGUUCCAGAGACAUCGGGCACUAAGAAAAGAGCCCUUCCAGUUAAGGCCGAUGCUCAUAAGCCUAAGAGAGCAAAAAUUUCCAAGUCUGCACGCGAUGUAAGUUUCUCUUUGUUGUUUUUAAAUUUUUCUUUAGUUUUUUUCUGGUUGUUUUAUUUGUGGUGUUACAUUUGAUUAUUUAAAGUUUUCCCCAUUUUUUGUUCUAGGUUUCCUCAGAUUCUGAUUUUGAGGAUGAAGUGCAUGCUGAGGACCAAAAGCCUAAAGUUAAAUCGAAGGUAAUUUAAAAUUUCUUGGUUUCAUUUUAUUGUUUUAAUUUUUACAUGAGCUUUUUAGGUCACUGAUUUAGGUGUUUAUUAGGAUGUUUUUAUGUUUUUUUGUUGUUCUUUAUGUAUUUCUGUCAUGUAUUGUGGUUGAUGUUGUUUUGUUGUUUUUAUUCAGUUGUUGUUUGGUUGUUGAAAAAUUGCCCAGUUCAAUUCGUAUUGUGUUACAGUUUUGAAUUACUUUUCCCCAUUGGUUGUUUAUAUGUUUAUUGUGAAUUUGUUUUCGGUUGUUUUACACACUAUUAGUAUUGAAAAGCAUUUUACUAAUUUCAAUUGCAACAAGAUCUUUCAGUGUUGUUUAUUCUUUAGUUUUGUAUAUGUUUAUUGUGAGUUUUUUCUCGGUUGUUUGUCACACUACUAUUAUCGACUACCAUUUUCGAAAUUUCAUAACAACGAGCUUGUACAGUGUUGUUAAUAUUUUAGUUGUUUUUUCUGUUUAUUGUUAGUAUUUGUUUUUUUUUUAUAAGUUGUGACAGUGCUGUUACUGUAUUUUUUGAAAGUUGUUUAUCUCUUACAUUUAUCAUACUGUAAGGGUUUCAUAAACGUUGUUUUUAGGUUUUUUAUUGGUUGUAUUUUGGUUACUACAUUUUUAUAUCUUCAUUGUUAUUGUAUAUAAGAUUUGUUGCUUAUGUUUUACUUUGUAUUUCUUUUUUUUUGCAGGUCCAUGCUAGGACCUCAGAGAAGGUUGAAUGAUUUGACUUACCAAAGAAAAAUCCCCCUAAGGUGUCCUUUUUUUAAAAAAAAAAAAUAUUUUUAUUAUUUGUUUUCUGUUUUUGUUUUAGUUUUUUUGUUUUUGUCCUGAUUUAUUUUGUUUCAAUUGAUACAGGAAUGGGAUUAUAUUUAUGACCAGAAGAAUCUAUUCAUUGCGAAAGCCUUUUCGACUGCUACUUUCCAGGUGAUAGAGAACAUUAAGUCUUGUCUUUCAGAUGUACAGCUUGAAAUGUUUUCCAAAACCUGUUUUGGACAUUUCCUUAACCUUCCUGAUUUUAAAGUUCAACCCCAAGUGUUUCAUGGGUUGUUGCUCCGGGAGGUUCAGCAACCUAAUGAUGCUGAGUUGUGGGUAAUGAUACGCGGUGUUAGGCUUAGGUUUAGCAUUGAGGAGUUUGCUUUGAUUACUGGGUUAGACUGUGAAGGUGACUGUAGUGUUUUAGAUUUUAAGCAAGACGUUAAUAGUCUUUGUGAAAAAUAUUGGCCAACUUCGUCCUCAAUCACUAAGGAAUCUGUUAGGGAAUGUUUUACCACCAAGAGGUGGGGUGAUUCUGAUGAGGAUGCUGUGAAGUUGGCAGUUUUGUAUUUUGUGGAGUGGUUCUUGCUUAGUGGCACUAAGCAUAAAAAUGUACCCAAAUCUAUUUUAGAUGUUGUAGAUAGUGGGAGGUACAAUGAAUUUGCUUGGGGCCGGAGUUCUUUUGAAUUGACUAUUUCCUCAUUGAAGGGUAAGCUUGAUAGUUGGGUUGAGGGUGUUAGGAAGGCAAGGAGUUCGGGAAAGAGGCCGAGUGUUUUUUACACUUUGAUUGGUUGUCCUCAUGUUCUUCAAAUUUGGUUCUACGAGUGUUGUAAGUACAUGAAAGGUAAGUACUGUCAAAAGGAAAACUCUCGUAUUCCAAGGAUCACUCAGUGGACAUGCAAUAGUCAGCCUACUUUCAAAGUUUUGAAGACUACUAUUUUUGAUGUUUCCAAAGAUAAGCUGCAACUUUCAAAUAUGAGGCCCACGGCUGGUGAGUUCAAAGCUUUGAAACUGAGCAGUUUCAAGUUUGACACUGACUACAACUCUUACAAGAGUCUUCCUGUUCCCGAAGAGCCAACUGUUGCUCAGAGUGACAUUUCUGUCAAGCUUGAUGCUUUUUCUGAGAAAUUUCAUGGGUUGGAGGUCAAGAUCGAUUUGUUGCAUACUUCCCAACAGAAGAUUUCAUCUGAUUUGGUUGAGUUGAAAGAGUUUGUGUCUGCACAGUUUGUUUCUUUUGGUGCUCAGAUGGCUUCAAUGCAGACACAGUUUUCUACUGUUUUUGCCGAUUCCUAUACCAAGGUAUUUUAGUUUUUCAAUAGUUGUUUUUCGGUUUUUUUUAAGUUGUUUUAUACUAAUUUAAUUUGUAAUUUCAAUAUAGGACAAAGGCAGUGACUCUUCCAAUGAUGAUGAUGGAAGUGGUGAUGAAGCAGAUUUUGAUUUAAAUGAAUCUGAAGAAACUGAUGACAAUGAAGAAGAGAAUGUUAUGGGUGAUGAAGAAGGUGAGGGUAGUGAAGGUGAAGAGAAGGAUGGUCAAGCUGAUGAAGAUUCUGACUCAAAAGAAAAAAAUGAUAAGGGCAGUGAUGAUGAAUCCACUGAUAGUGAGGAGAAGGUAGAUAAGUAGACAAUGUAACUAGGUUUUAGUUACUUUGUGUGGUUUAUUUUGUUGUAAGUCCGUUUUAGGUAGUGGUCUUGUAAUUCUAUGUUCUUGUUAUGUCUCUUGUUAUGUUUUAUUUUUUUUUUUUUAAGAAAUUUGCAACUAUUUUUCAGACUAUUUAUUUGUAUUUAUUAUGUUAUUUAUAUGGCUGUGUUUAUAGAUUAUGUUGUUCGCAAUUUAUUGUUGGUCUUCUUAUUUUACUUGUUGUUUUUAUUUUGUUUUUAAGUUGUUAUGUAGUUUUUUUUUAGUUGUUGAAGUCUUUCAAAAAAAAUAACUUCACUUUUUUUCCAUUUUCUUUUUCCUUUAUUUUCUGUAUCAAGAAUUUCGUUGAUUUCAAUGACGGGCCUACUCAAAUAGAUGUUGAGGCUACUGUUCAGUCCGGUGUAAUAGCAGUUGAGAUUAUGGUAAUGUUGCUUUUGUGUUGUUUUUUGGUUGUGUAAAGGUUGUUAUUUUUUAACCAUGCUCUAAUUACUUUUUACUACCAUAUAUAAACAGAUGUCUUCAGAUGGAAUUGGUGGUGAUCCUUGUAAACAGAUUUCAGUUUCUGAAAAUGUUGAGGUUACGGAUCGUCGUCUUGUUUGUUUUCAGGUAUAUUUUUUUUUUGGUUGUUUUUUAGUUUCUUCGUACUUUUUGUGUUUAACACUGUCUUUUUUCUUUCAUUUUUGUGGAAAAAAUAUAUUAGAUGGGUGCAACAGGUCUCAAUGUUGAUUCUAACAUUGAACUUGAAGAUGACCCAAUUCCCGUUGAAGAAACUCCUCUUGUUGACAAGAGGAAAUCUAAGAAACCCAUAGCGCUGACGUCUCCGUUUAUGGAGUAUGACUCUUCCAUUUCUAGUUCUAAAGAUGGUUCUGGUUAUGGAGUUGUUAAGUAUGUGGCUGGGUUGUGUCCUCUCGAUGAUAAGAUUGGUGAAGAUGUAGAACAUAAAGACGAGAAUGAUUUUGACUUGUGGCUUGGUGAAGGACGCCGAUCGAAGAAAGAUCGGUAAGUGUUUAUUUUCAGCAUUUUUGUUGUGUUUUUGUAUUUUUUGUUUUUUACUUUACUAUUUAUGUUUCAAUUUUUUUUUUUUAAUGUUAGGCAUGACAAGGACAAGGUUUACUUGAAGGGUAAGGAUAAGAUUGUUCCCCCUUUUCGUUUUGGCGUGGAAGAUGUUGCAACCAAGAUGUGGUUCCACAAGCUUGCAUAUCCUGGCCAAUGUUUAACUAAUUCUGUAAGUUAAUUUAUUUUUUCUUUUGAUUUUUUUCAAAAAUUUCAGUCUAUAGUUUUCUUCAUGUUGUUUGUUGGUUGUUUUUUAGUUGUUGAAAUAUAAUUCAUUUUCUGAUUUUCGAACAUUUCUCAUUUUUUAUUGUUUAGCAUCUGGACAUCAUUUUUUACUAUCUACGUAAAAAAAAAGAAAGUAUGCAAAGGAGCCAAAGGUUAAGUUCACAACCACCGAUUGCAUAUUCUUCAAAACCAUUCAUGCUUUGUAUGAAAAAUUUAUUGCACAGAAAAAAAAUCUUUCUUUGAUAACUGCCCAGCAUGCCAUUGCUGAUUAUAUCAGAGGUAGAAAAAUGUUAUGUGGUUCCCCUUGGCAUUUGUGCGAUCAUGUUUUGUUUAUCAUCCAUAUGGAGACUGAAUCACAUUGGAUUCUUGGUCGAUUGAAUAUUGAGGAAAGGCGUAUGUACAUGUACAACUCCUUGUCGACUGCUAUGAAAGAUAGUGCUGCUAUCAAAGCUUGUCAGCCAUUUGCGGUGUUGUUGCCCCACUUUUUUGCUUUGUUUGAUGAGUUCAAAAAGGAAAACAAACCGGUUUGUUUAGACCCUUUCGAAGUUGUUAAGGUUGAUGGUUUGCCUCAACAAACCUCGAAGUAAGUUGUUUUUAUUUUUUAUUUUCAAAUGUUUUUAAAAUUUUGUAUGUUAUUUUCCUUUUUUUAAGUUUUUCUGCUGUUGUUUUUUGGUUGUUUUGCAGUGACUGUGGUUGUUUCGUUGCAUCGUUUGCCGAAUACUUCAUUGAUAUGAAACCGAUUCCUCCCAUAUUUGAUGUUGAGAAACACCGUGAUAGGCUUGCUGUGUUGUUCUAUAAGUAUGCUCGCAUGAAAGAAUUGGAUUUUAUUGAUAGUGAAGAUGAGGCUCCUCCAAAGGGUCCAAAGAAGAAUUUGUCUUAGUUAUAUAUUGGUUGUUGUUGGAAAUACUACUUUUUUUAUUUAGCUUUUGUUUUUUCUAUUACCAGAUUAUGUUCAUAAUCAUAGACAAGUUGUUGUUUCUAUAAUGUUUUUUUCUUUAUUGGAAUUGGUUUUUUAUUUGUUCA